AUGAAUACGACAGAUCCCCGCGUUGGCUCGGCCCGUGACAACUCUACAAGCCCUGGGCUGUCUCGGGUGGUUUCUGGCUCCAACUCAUCUUCCACAAGCAACCUUGUUGCGACGCUAGUGCCUGUGCUGAUUUGGGCCGCCCUGUGCAUCAUCAUCUUCGUAAUUCUGCGACGCAAAUGCCCUCGAGUAUAUGCUCCAAGGGCCUCACUGAAGAGCUUGGAGCCACACGAAAAGAGUGCACCUCUUCCCAAUGGGUGGUUCAACUGGUUCACCGAAUUUUACCGCAUCCCUUCUGUGUUCGUGCUCAAUCACUCAUCUCUCGAUGGAUAUCUCUUUCUGCGCUUCCUUCGAGUGCUGGCUGUGAUAUGCCUCGUUGGAAUAGGGUUGCUGUGGCCAGUUCUACUCCCAAUCCACGCGACAGGAGGGGCGGGCAAUCAGGGAUUGGAUUGCUUGACCAUGGGAAAUGUUGUGAAUCACAAUCGACUGUACGCCCAUGCCCUCCUGUCGUGGGUCUAUUUUGCAUUCAUUCUCUACAUGGUGUCACGAGAAUGUGUAUAUUAUAUCAACUUACGGCAAGCAUAUCUCCUUUCACCAUUUUACGCAAAUCGCUUGUCCUCUCGAACGGUCCUAUAUAUGAAUGUACCUAGGCACUAUCUUGAUGAGCAAAGGCUUCGAUGGAUGCUUGGACGCUCUGUCAAACGGAUUUGGAUCCCUCAAACGACCAGUGAACUCGAACGCCUCGUUAAGGAAAGGGAACAGACGGCUAUGCGCCUGGAAAAAGCGGAGUUUGAGCUCAUCAAAAUGGCCAACGCUGCAAGGACGAAGGUGCUCAAGAGAGCCGAGAGUGAAAGGAAACAAGAAUCGAGCCAUCCCCCUCCCGAGCCCGAACACCGUAGCGGGAAUGGCCCAGAAUCGGGUUCGAAAUCUGGCACUGCCGCAGUCAUACGAGCACCCGACAAUCCAGAGGGCGUUGCGUAUCCCACAAAAGAGAUGCGAGAGCGGACUCUACCCGACGUCAACGGAUCAGUCGCAUCACAGUGGAUUCCACAUAGCUCGAGGCCACAUCAUAGGCCGAUUGCCAAUUAUGGGCGCCGUGUGGAUACUAUCAAGUGGACAAGAAACCAGAUCAAGAAGUUAAAUAGUCAAAUUGCCAAAGUCCGGCGCGACCAACUUUUCAAGACCGAAGGCAUGCUGCCCUCCGUCUUCGUGGAAUUCGAGACACACACAGAUGCACAACAUGCUUACCAGACCCUGACGCAUCACCGCCCGUUGCACAUGGCUCAACGAUUUCUCGGUGUACGACCGUUUGAGAUAAUAUGGGAGUCAUUGUCAAUGUCGUGGUUGGAGACCAUCGCACGAAAGUUUCUAAUCAAAGCUCUCAUAACCGCCAUGAUCAUAUUUUGGGCCAUACCAUCCGCUCUUGUCGGGACAAUUUCCAACAUUGACUACUUGUCGGAGAAAGUCAGUUUCUUGGGGUGGGUCGGAGAUCUGCCCAGUGCGGUGAAGGGUAUCUUGAGUGGUGUCGUUCCGGCUCUUGCCUUGUCCCUGUUGAUGAGUAUUGUUCCCGGAAUCUUGAGAUACUGCGCGAGGCUUGGGGGAGUGCCAACUCUGAGCAUGAUCGAGCUCUACACCCAGCAUGCCUACUUCGCAUUCCAAGUCGUUCAAGUAUUCCUGAUAACGACUUUGACAUCAGCGGCGUCCGCAGCCGUGACGAAGUUGCUCGAAGACCCGACGACAGCAAAGGAUUUGCUCUCGCAAAACUUGCCAAAGGCUUCCAACUUCUAUCUCUCGUACUUUCUCUUGCAAAGUCUGGCCCUCGGGUCUGGGGGCCUUGUUCAAUUUGGCAACUUGUUCCAGUUGUAUGUGUUCCAAAAGUACAUCAGCAGUCCAAGGAAGAUGUAUUUGAGAUGGCACCGUCUGCAGCGGAUCCAUUGGGGGACAGUCUUCCCCGUCUACACCAAUCUUGGUGUCAUUACUCUCAGCUAUGCACUUAUCGCGCCAAUAAUUCUCGGAUUUGCCGCUGUCGGUCUCCUUUUUCUGCACAUCGUGUACCGAUACAACCUGAUUUACGUUUACGACUCUGAAGUCGACACCCGGGGGCUUGUCUAUCCACGCGCCCUCAUGCAUUUACUUUUGGGCUUGUAUUUCUCAGAGGUUUGUAUGAUUGGGCUGUUUUCGAUCAAAGGCGCUUAUGUUCCGGUUGUGUUGACUGUGGCUCUCCUCGUCCUCACUGGAUUGGUCCAUACCUCACUCCUCGAUGCUCUCGGGCCUCUUUUGUGGAGUCUUCCGAAAAGUCUGACUGUUCAGGAAGACCAGCACUUGUUGGGAUGCCGCCCGAUAAACCCACGCAAUGCUGAAGAUCUGGAGCAGUCCGAAGAAUACCAUUCCGACAAGGAAGAACAGGAGCCAGAGCAAAGCAACAGCAGAGCCCUGGAAGGCGCCAGUGGAGCAUUCAACGCCCUGGGGGGAGGUAUCAAAAACAUGCUCAGGAAGAAAGUCAAAAGGGAAGUUCCUGAAGCAAAUAUCCUAAUGAAUGCUCUCAUGGGAUUUUGGAUGCGAUGGAUAUCACCAAAUCCAGCAGACAAGUCCAACUUCCUUCUACGCUGGCUCCAUCCUGAGGUGUACUCCGACUAUACUCUUCUUCGUCGAAUGGUACCUUCCGACUUGCCCGAUCCGGUAUACCCAGAAGAGAUUGAGCAGGAUAUCUAUUACCCGCCCUCAUUUUUUGCAAAGCCACCGACUCUGUGGAUUCCUCGCGAUCCCGGAGGAGUUAGUCGACAAGAGGUGGAACACAGUGCGAAGGUGAUUCCGACCACAGACGAAUAUGUGGAUAUAGAUGAGAAAGGCCGUGUCAUGAUCGAUAUUGAGGAGAAUCGACUCGUUUUCGAUGUUAGCCGGCUGAGAUAUUGA